GAAAUGGCCUAAACUAUGGACUCCUUCCGGAAGUGGUGUUGUGCGUUCCUUGCUCGGAAAAUGGCGGCGAUGUUUACGUGUUGCCUAAACUGUUGCGGAGAUGGAGGAUCGGGACAUAUCCAACUUAAAGAAAUGCCCACCGUUCAGUUAGACACUCAUCGCAUGGGCACAGAUGUUGUCAUAGUGAAGAGUGGCCGGAGGAUAUGCGGCACAGGGGCGUGCCUGGCCAAUGCUCCUCUCCACCAGAAUAAAAGUUAUUUUGAGUUCAAAAUCCAGUCCACUGGUGUAUGGGGAGUGGGUGUGGCCACACAGAAAGCCAAUCUCAAUCAAGUGCCUUUAGGCCGAGACUCCAACAGCCUUGUCCUGAGACAUGACGGUUGUGUCGUCUACAACGGCGAAGAGAAGAACCGCCUGCCUGCCAACAAUCUCCCUCAGGAGGGCGACAUUGUGGGCAUCACGUAUGAUCAUGUGGAGAUGAACUUGUUUCUGAAUGGAAAGAACAUGCAUUGUCCCGCAUCGGGCAUACGAGGCACUGUGUACCCCGUUGUUUAUGUGGACGACAGCGCCAUCUUAGACUGCCAGUUUAGUGACUUCUACCACACGCCUCCACAAGGAUUCGAGAAAAUUCUCUUUGAACAACAAAUCUUCUAAACCAGCGCCUUUCUCGUCGUUGCCGUUGUCACCCUUGCAUUCUGUGUCAGUCACAUAUAAUGUUUUGAUUGUGAUCGGCUGAUUUGGCCAAUCGCUCCCCGUCACUCCCGAAUGAUCUUAUGAGUGUCCAUGAAGGAUGUGGAUUUGUGGUGUUUUUCCGCACAUACAAAGGCUAUUAAUUGUGUUAAGAAUGAUCCAGUCAGGAUUCAUGAUGAAUUGUAACAUCUACAGGAGCCUACUAGAUUUCCAUUCUGGAUUCCCAAAAUGGAUGCUUUCAGGAUCAGUAUCCAUUUCUUAUUCCUUUUCCAUCAGUAUGUUCUUGAAUGUGUAAUGGUUUAAAGACACCCGCACUGACUUGUAAUUAUAUUUAUUUUAUUCACAGAUCAAACUUCAAACGAUCUAGUUCUUUUUUUUUCUUGGAUUGAUUAAUUUUUUGUUGCCUGAGUCCAUAAGAUUUAUCAUUCAAACUGGGGAGUGUAGCAAUUUGUUUUUGUCACUGUGUGUUUUGAACUGACGGAAAACCCGAUACAUAUUGAUAGUGGAAUAGCAAAUCGUUAAUACCAUAAUCCCUGCUCCUGAUAUGUACAUCUUGAAAUAUUUUAUGUUGUAUUUAUUCUUCAUUAUGAAUAUUAUAAGUGGUGGCGCUGCUUGGCUCUGAAAAUGAGAUUCUGUGUGUUUCGAUGCAGGUCUGCUGCUAAAGUUUCCAAUUAUGUACUUGUCUUUGCACUAUCCGUGUGAUUGUACAAGCAAAUCCAAAUACUGUUGAAUUAUUAAAUAUUUGUGUCCGCA